CAAAUAAUUUGGUUAUGUUAUGGUCACAGAAUACUACAGCAUUUAACAAAAAUUAAAAGAUAUACUUUUUAAUUUUUUAAAGAUGUUAUAGGGAGUUCUGUGGUAAUACGUAUUCUUUUCCUUCAAGUUCUUACUUCUUACUUUUUAUCAAAAGUUACAAUGAACCAAAUUAAAAAAAUGUCAAUAAUGUUAAGUAGAAAAAUCCAUUCUAUGAAUGUUUCAAGAAAUAUGAGCAGAUCAUCAGCAGAAUACUGUGCUGAAGCCGUUAGAAAGUAUGACUACGAGAAUUUCAUUUGUACUCUCUUACUUCAGAACACAUCUAGAUCAUGUGCUUUUGCAAUUAGAAGUUUCAAUAUUGAAGUUUCACAAGUAGCAGAGCAAGUUACUCAAGAGACUAUAGGACAGAUGAGAUUAAAAUUUUGGGAAGAAACUGUGGAUAAGUGUUUUUCAAAGGACUAUAAACUGGUUCCUAAGCAUCCUGUUGCUCAGCAACUGUUUAAGGCAAACAUGGAAUGCAAACUGAGCAAAAGAUAUUUUAAUAACCUGAUAUCAUCUAGAAGAAAUUCCCUGAAAUUGACCAGCUUUAAAACUCUAGAAGAACUGGAAAAAUAUGCAGAACAAAGUGUUUCAAACGUGUUCUACCUAGUUUUGGAAGGUUGCGGUGUGAGGAAUGUUAACGCAGAUCAUGCUGCUUCACAUUUGGGAAAAGCACAGGGAAUAGUUCAACAAAUCAGGGGAAUCCCUCAUGCUCGAAGAAUAAACUUUCUUCCUGUACCCCAAGAUAUUCUUACCAAAAAUAGGGUUAGCCAGGAAGAGAUAUUGAGAUCUAAAAGUAGUGAACAGCUAUCGGAAUGUACCUUUGAACUUGCCAGUAGGGCUCAUCAACACUUAGUAAAGGCAAGGAGUCUUUUAGAGAAGGUGCCAAAAGAAGCACGAAGUGCUUUGUUACCUGCAGUUUCAGUUCACAUGUAUCUGGAUAGGUUGCAAAAAGUAAACCAUGAUGUAUUUCAUCCUUACUUGCAGCAAAGAUCUUGGAAAUUGCUACCACGACUGUGGAUUACAUUUUUUAGAAAUAAAUACUGAUUAGUUUCAAAAUAGUGUACCUAAUCACUGCUGGAAAAGGACUAUUGAAUAAACAAAGUUCAAUAUAA